AGUAGUUUCGGGCACUCAUUUCGGGAAAUUACAUGUAAAUAAUAUAGUUCUAGCAGAAGUUUUCCCUUCUCAGGGUACCCCCACUCCACGUGAUUCCCACCUGUAUCCGUGUCUCCCACUUCUGAAAACGAAGGGAAAGAUUCUACUGAAAGGCCUAUACAUAAAUACGGUGUCAUUUUUGAGGGCUCAAAUGUAUAUUAUUGUGAAUGUCAAUAUUUAUUAAAAUUUUUCAUUAUUUUCCCGGAGAUUUAUCACUUUGAUGAGGGGAAUAAAUAUUUCUCCUAGAUCGCCAGAAUGGAAAGUUUUAUAACUGCACUCAUUAAAUAAUUAACCAAUAAUUUUAUGUAGUGAAUUUGUGUUCUAUACAAGGAGAAAAUAAUUUUGAGGAGUUCUAAAUGGCAUAUCCGAAUCUUGGACAUAUGCAGGGUGCAAUGUACGGUGCCACUGCCAGCGGUCAAAUAUCUCCAGAAGUUGAACAAUGGUUCCAGGCAGUUGAUAGGGAUAGAAGUGGUAAAAUAUCAUCAGGCGAGCUAAGAUCAGCUUUGGCUAACGGUCAAGGAGGAUCUUUUUCGGAUACAGCUUGUAAAUUGAUGAUUGGAAUGUUCGACAAAGAAAAAACUGGAAUGAUCAAUCUCGAAGAAUUCCAGGCUCUUUUUAACUACAUCAACGCCUGGCUAGGAGUGUUCAAAGGAUUUGAUCAUGAUAAUUCAGGAAGUAUUCAAGAACAUGAACUCUCAGCUGCAUUCACGCAAAUGGGCUACAGGUUUAGCUCUGAUUUUAUUAAAUAUUUGAUUCAGAAGAGCGAUUUCAAUCACACAGGAAGCAUCACUGUGGACCAAUUUAUUGUCUUGUGCGUGCAGAUUCAGAAAUUCACAGAGGCAUUCAGAGCACGAGACACACAGCAAACAGGUGAAAUAACAAUUGCUUUUGAAGAUUUUCUAUCAGUUGCAUUAAGCUGCAGUGUUUAAUUCUUGCCUUGAAAUGUUACUUUUGAAUGAAGAAAAAGAAUCGCUUCCGCUCGUUUUCCUACCUGUACUAAUUUAUAGUUUUGUUUUACACGCAAAAAAAAUAUCAUUAUUCAUCAAUUAACAAGUGGUUUGAAUUAGCUCUUAUUGAUGAAUAUAUGCAUAAUAAUGUUAAUGAAUUUAAUGCAAUGUAUUUAUUAAAAAUUGAGAAAUAAAAAAAUGAAUGGAUCAAAAA